GUUAAGUCAUGCCACAGAUGAGAAGAUAUUUACAACACAUGAAACUGACACAGGCUCAUGGACAGACCUGGAAUAAGACAGUGUAAUGAGAACCUGGAUGAGAAUUGAACAUUCCAAAAGCUGUUCUUUAGAUGGCUAAGACUGUAUGAAGAGGGACUUAAUACAACGAAAUGCCACCGUGUACCCAGGAUGGCUGGAGUCUAGGAUGGAUAACUACACACUGUUGAUAACUAGCAUAAACUGGUGAAAAGAAUUAGAGACUGAUGCCCAUCUAAAUUCAACUUGGAUAUGCAUCCUACAUCCAGAUUCCACCAAUGGAAAUCAUGGGGGGUAAAGUACCACCUGCUACUCAUAAAGCGAAGUCAGAAGAAAACACUAAGGAAGAAAAAAGAGACAAGACGACAGAGGACAACAUAAAGACAGAGGAGCCAUCGAGUGAGGAGAGCGAUCUAGAAAUUGACAAUGAAGGUGUAAUUGAAGCAGACACUGAUGCUCCUCAGGAAAUGGGAGAUGAAAAUGCAGAGAUAACUGAGGCGAUGAUGGAUGAAGCAAAUGAAAAGAAGGGGGCUGCCAUCGACGCUCUAAAUGAUGGUGAGCUCCAGAAAGCCAUUGACUUGUUCACAGACGCCAUCAAGCUAAACCCUCGCUUGGCCAUUCUGUAUGCCAAGAGAGCCAGUGUUUUCGUCAAAUUACAGAAGCCAAAUGCUGCCAUCCGAGACUGUGACAGAGCUAUUGAAAUAAACCCUGAUUCAGCUCAGCCAUACAAAUGGAGAGGGAAAGCGCACAGACUCCUGGGUCACUGGGAAGAAGCAGCUCGCGAUCUUGCCCUGGCCUGUAAAUUGGACUAUGAUGAGGACGCCAGUGCAAUGCUGAGAGAAGUCCAGCCUCGGGCUCAAAAAAUUGCUGAACAUCGGAGAAAGUAUGAGCGAAAACGUGAAGAGCGAGAGAUAAAAGAACGAAUAGAAAGGGUGAAGAAGGCUCGAGAAGAGCAUGAAAAAGCCCAAAGGGAAGAAGAAGCCAGAAGACAAUCUGGAUCUCAGUUUGGCUCUUUUCCAGGUGGUUUUCCUGGGGGAAUGCCUGGUAAUUUUCCUGGAGGAAUGCCUGGAAUGGGAGGGGCCAUGCCAGGAAUGGCAGGAAUGCCUGGACUCAACGAAAUCCUCAGUGACCCAGAGGUUCUUGCAGCCAUGCAGGAUCCAGAAGUCAUGGUGGCUUUCCAGGAUGUGGCCCAGAACCCAUCAAAUAUGUCAAAAUAUCAGAACAACCCAAAGGUUAUGAAUCUCAUCAGUAAAUUGUCAGCCAAGUUUGGAGGUCACUCAUAAUGUCAAAGCCCUUGCUGAAUGAAGAACAGCUUAGCUCACUUACUGGAUGUUGCAAUAAUACAAACCAGUGUACCUCUGACCUCACCAGAGAGCUGGGGCGCUUCGAAGAUAAUCCCUACCCUCUGCAUCAUAUGCGGCUGAGGCAUAUUACAGUGGUUUGCCAUUAGAGUGUUCAUUCAGAUAAUGUUUUCCUAUUAGGAAUUACAAACUUAAAACAUUUUUCAACCUUAAACAUAUUUUUUAAAAAUUUAGGGGAUGUCAAUUCCUACAUUUUUCGUUACUAAUCUUUUUGGGUUUUUCCUUUUGAAUUACUGGGCAAGGAAGGUGAAUGUGGAUGAUUUACUGCUUUCAUGAAUGAAAUAAAGAUUUGUUAGUGGGAAGCAAAUAAAACACAUUUAAGUUGAUUGAGUCGGACAUACGGUUACUGCAACAUCUUGAAUUGUCUUUAAUGUUUUACUUCACAAUGAUCUAUUUCAGUAAAUCUUUUGGGACCACCAGUAUCUGGAUCUGACCUUGGUGAGACUGGAGUGCAGGGCAGAGAGCAGCAGCAGUCCUGGGUUUUGUUUGACCCAUGUAGGCUGCAUUUAAAUCUUAAACUGCUUUAGCGUCCUUCUUUUUAAGUGUUGCAGGGGAGUUAGAUCACAUAGCUCUGCUGUUGUCCAUUGUUUCAUAUAAAUGUUCCAUAGCAUUCCCACAUAGAGGGAAAAAGUGCUUUCUGUUUUUGUCAAAAAUUACCUAUCCUAUUAGAAAAUAACCCUGUCUGCUUGUCAUCCUUUGAAUCUUCUUGAGCUAAAGGUAGUCUUUUCAGUAGCAUCAUCACUUCUGUCAUUCACAGCGUAAUUGUGGAAGCAGAUUUCACUGCUAGUUUAGUUUCAUGUAUAGUAUACCGUAAUUGUAGGGUCACACCUCUAAUAGCUGGUAUCUUACUUGGCCAUGGGGUUGCUUAUUUAAAUAUUAAACUUUUACCUUUGUGAACUCCUGUCAUAUCAAAAGUCAUUGGAAGGAAGGUUCCCUUUGGUUUUAGGUAUGCUUAUGAAGUUGAGAAGCCAUUGCAGUACUAAGAGUUUGUGUGAAGUGUACAUCUUUGUACUUGGAAGAGUCUAAGUUGUUUACAUUUGGUGAAAGAUUCGUUUGUCCCAUUUAACUCUUAAAUACUGCGAUGUAUUUAAUGCCUUGUUUCCUCUCCAGUUGCAAGGAUAAAGAAAAUGAUAAAUCCACAGUGCAUAUUUAAAAUAAUAUAUAUCUGAAAUCAUACGUCUAUGCAGGUUUUAACUGCUUCAUACAGCAGGCACAGAUGCAUCUUGUUACAUGUAAGAAAAAGCUGUAUUGUAUUUGGGGGUUGGGGAUUUAGCUCAGUGGUAGAGCGCUUGCCUAGCAAGCGCAAGGCCCUGGGUUCGGUCCCCAGCUCCGAAAAAAAAAAAAAAAGAAAAAGAAAAAGCUGUAUUUGAACAGAGCAUGCGUUUAAAGUCCUUAACCAAUAUUUAUCACAUAUUCUUAAAUUGGAACUUUGCACGGUUCUUACUUAGUCCAAGUGUGUUCUCCUUUCAUACAGUUUCCAUGGUGCGUGUGCUUUACUGAAGAUCAGUUUCUUUUGUACUCUAACUACACAUGACCUAAUUAUAUUCUAAUAUGGAAAUAAUACCAUAAAUGGGUGAACUUGCUCUUCUGAAAACUGUGUUCUGUGCUUUUGGACUUCUGAGUUCCACAGAUAGUAAAAAGUAUAGUCUUCACAUUUUUUUUUUUUAACAAAGAAUCAGUAUCAUUUCUACACUAAAAAUACUGUUUUUUCCCCACUAAAGAUAGUAUAAGAAAAAUAAUCUAAGAAGGGGCUAUCUGCUUAAAGAUACAUGGUUAAUUCUCCUGAGUAUGCUGAAAUAAAACACUUUCAAACUGGA